ACAGACAACCCAUCACGGACAGACAACUCAUCACGGACAGACAACCCAACACGACCAGACAACCCAUCACGGACAGACAACCCAACACGACCAGACAACCCAACACGGACAGACAACCCAACACGACCAGACAACCCAACACGGACAGACAACCCAACACGGACAGACAACCCAACACGGACAGACAACCCAACACGGACAGACAACCCAUCACGGACAGACAACUCAUCACGGACAGACAACCCAACACGGACAGACAACCCAACACGACCAGACAACCCAACACGGACAGACAACCCAACACGGACAGACUACCCAACACGACCAGACAACCCAACACGGACAGACAACCCAUCACGGACAGACAACCCAUCACGGCCAGACAACCCAACACGGACAGACAACCCAACACGGACAGACAACCCAACACGGACAGACAACCCAUCACGACCAGACAACCCAUCACGACCAGACAACCCAAGUGA